AUGUUUCCAGACCUUGUCAAGGUCGUCAUCCGAAACAAAGCGGGCGAAUGCCAUUCUGACCCUAAAUGUGUGAAAGGACCGGACAACCCCUCAGGCAUCCCAGCAUGGAAGAUCUUUGACUUUGAAUACUUUGUGUCGUACGGCGUCCAUUACCAUGCCUCCCUCAUGAAGGGCAAGUGGAUCCUCUCAGCCAACCCAGACAACAAGGACCCAAGUCCUAUUCAAUACAUUGGAUACUCCCUCGAAGACGAGUGCCGUCAAACCCAUCCCAUCCGUCUCGCACAACGUACCCACCGCGCUUGGCUCCUCAUGAAGCAGCUCACAUACGCAUACGACUCGUCCUUCGCAUGGAACCGGUCCUACUUCUCCCUCGCGCACCACUCGCCCGAGCUGCGCGGACUGACGUUCACCGGAGGGUGGAUCGUCAACCAGCACUACCAGUGGAAGCCCGAGGUGCAGGGCACUAUGGAGGACAUCGAAGAUCGCGCAAACGGAGUCUUGAAUGUUGGCAAGCUGGACCCGCGUCAGUUCAUCGAAGCUGUGAGCAUGAGCAAGGUUAUGGUCGGUAUGGGUAAUCCGUGGUGGAGCCCAUCUCCGUACGGUGCCUUAUGCUUGGGCGUACCGUUUGUUAAUCCGAUACGAAACUGGGAUCGACAAGACCCUUGGAAUAAGGCGAAAUGGCAUACCCAGCACCCUUCGCUUAACCGUUAUGAUCCCCCAUACGUAUAUCAUGUGCACGCGGGCGACUACGACGGCUUCGUUAAGGCCAUAAAGGCCGCCUCAACCACAGAGAUUCCUAGCUUCAUCCCGCCCCAUAUGACUGAACUCGCUGUCCGCGAACGUGUCCGAAAUCUCAUGGAAACGGACUGGAAGACUGAAGCUGCUGAGCUUCUCAAGGAAAGGUUGGAGGAGGUGAAGGCAGGAGGGAAAGCUUAUGUGUUCGAGCUAUAA